GAUUGCAUUUGCUUUCACGGAUCUGUUUAGUGCUGAAACGGAAAGGGGGAGGGGGAAAAAAAGAAGGGAAAAGUGCUGCACUGAAUGUGAGAUCAUGCAAAAGCUAGUGCUCUAUGCUUCUAUUUACCUGUUCAUGCUGAUUUCAGUUGAUCCGGUUGCUCUUGAUGACAGUAGUCAGCCCACAGAGAACGCUGAAAAGGAUGGACUGUGCAAUGCUUGUACGUGGAGACAGAAUACAAAAUCUUCCAGAAUAGAAGCCAUAAAAAUUCAAAUCCUCAGCAAACUGCGUCUGGAACAAGCUCCUAACAUUAGCAGGGAUGUUAUUAAACAACUUUUACCCAAGGCUCCUCCACUGCAGGAACUGAUUGAUCAGUAUGAUGUGCAGAGAGAUGACAGUAGCGAUGGCUCUUUGGAAGAUGAUGACUAUCAUGCCACCACCGAAACGAUUAUCACAAUGCCUACAGAGUCUGAUUUUCUUGUACAAAUGGAGGGAAAACCAAAAUGUUGCUUCUUUAAGUUUAGCUCUAAAAUACAAUAUAACAAAGUAGUAAAGGCACAAUUGUGGAUAUACUUGAGGCAAGUCCAAAAACCUACAACGGUGUUUGUGCAGAUCCUGAGACUUAUUAAACCCAUGAAAGAUGGUACAAGAUAUACUGGAAUUCGAUCUUUGAAACUUGACAUGAACCCAGGCACCGGUAUUUGGCAGAGUAUUGAUGUGAAGACAGUGUUGCAAAACUGGCUCAAACAGCCCGAAUCCAAUUUAGGCAUCGAAAUAAAAGCUUUCGAUGAGAACGGACGGAAUCUUGCUGUAACUUUCCCAGGACCCGGGGAAGAGGGAUUGAACCCAUUUUUAGAGGUCAGAGUUACAGACACACCAAAACGGUCCCGCAGAGAUUUCGGUCUCGACUGCGACGAGCACUCGACAGAAUCCCGAUGCUGCCGCUACCCGCUGACGGUGGAUUUCGAAGCUUUCGGAUGGGAUUGGAUUAUCGCUCCCAAAAGAUACAAAGCGAAUUAUUGCUCCGGAGAAUGUGAAUUUGUGUUUUUACAAAAGUACCCGCACACCCACCUCGUGCACCAAGCCAACCCCAGAGGCUCGGCAGGCCCUUGCUGCACGCCCACCAAGAUGUCCCCCAUCAAUAUGCUGUACUUCAACGGCAAGGAACAAAUCAUCUACGGCAAGAUACCAGCCAUGGUUGUAGAUCGCUGCGGGUGCUCAUGAGAUCUUCGUCAGAUCCACCAACUCACAAACCGUGGAAGCUACCAAAAAAAAAAGAAAAGAAAAAAAAAAGAGAAAAAAUAGAAAAAGUUAUACCCCCUCGCCAGUCUUUCAAACUGUGAAGUUACGUACACUAGGCAUUGCUGACCUCCUGUGCACUACCGGCACCAGCUACAGAACGUGAACUAAAGGACAGUGUAAUUACCUGAUGGCUGCUUGUGAGCCAGCAAAAGAGAAAAGCUACAAUCAAAAUCACCGGAUUUAAUCCAAGAAGUUCUUACAUUAUGAGGGAAUCAAUAUUCAGUCACUUGGAUGCAAAUUUACAUGCAGGUUUCAGUACACUGGUAAUCAAAAGCAAGCUCCUUCUCACCUGAGGACAGAAGGAGCAGGCUUUUAGGUUCCUUUCUUCACAGCUUCACUUAAUAUCAUAUUUACAGGAAUACAUAUACUGGUAACAUAUAUGCCACUACACAAUACCACCAGAAUUAUCCUUAAACACUUGAAUAUAUAGUGCAGACUUGUGAAAUGUAUCAGAUGAAAUUCCAUGUAAACGGACAAACCCUGAAAUUAGGGAUGGCAUAGUGUAUUUAGUGUGUUUCCAUUCCUUUUUCUCAUUAGUAUGUUAGCAAUCAAUGGCAAUGGUGCUACGUAAGCAGGCUGAGUAAAUAGAAAGAUAGUUAUAUAAGUGAAAGAAUUUAGGCUUAAUAAUGAAUUUGCCCUAUCCUCAGGUACACUAUUCAACAUUCGCAAGAAAUAGAUAUUUUUUAAAUGAAAAGGAAUAGUUUUCUAGGCAUAGAAAAACAGAAGGCAGCAGAGAAAACCAACAUUCAAAUUGCAAUCCCACAUUUUAACCUGCCCUUGCAACAUUACCGUUUGCACUAUGGUAAACCAAUGCAAAUAGUUGGUUGCUACAGAUAUUGUUUAAAAACCACUUUGAUAUAACUGACUUAUAUGUAAUAUGUAUGCAUCAAUAUUUUGUAAAUAAAUGUUUAUUUUUUAAUCACUGUUGGUAUAUGUUCAUCACAAGAAAAGAAUGACUUUAACCUGUACUUUAGUUUAAUAAACAAACCCCAAUAUUCUCUUCAUGAUAUAAUUUUCUGGAUUUUAACAUAAAUGAUAUGUAGGAACAAUGCAACAAAGUAAACCAUAUGUUGAGAACUAUUCUACAUUUUAUAUGUUUUUUACAUUGGUAUGAGCCAUUUAGGAUAAAUGAUGGCUGUUGACAUGUUUAUAAGGUUCUUUGGGUUAUUGUUUUUAUGGUCAUUUUGAUCCACAACUGAAUUUCCAUAUUUUGAGUGUUAUGUUCAUAAAUAAUGAUGAUACCACAAAAGAUUGCUAUUAAAUGCAUUUUAUUAUAUUUAAAAGUUUGCAGCAAAGCAUUUUCUGUAUUUGAGUAAACACAGUACAUGGAUUUCCACAUAAAUUCUGUACAUUUCCUUAUAGUAAAAAAUUGUUAAUUGAAAUUAAAAGAUUUAUUUACUAUAAAGUCCAUUUUAUUUCACAUGUGAAAUAGAGCUGAUAAACCAGGUGUUUGUUAAGACAACACAAUCACUGUUAAAACAUCUUCAUGUUAGUAUGAUGCAUGUUUUUGUUAUAUUCCAGAAUUCAGUUUUGAAUUUUCCUUUGUGUAAAACCACCCUAAAACUGCAAAACUGCUUGA